GAGAUCGAAUAGCUGGAGAAGAGUCAGAGGGCAUAAAAAUUAUGAAGUGGGUAGAUAAAAGACCGGUUCUGAUGCUCUCUACCUGUGAAAAUCACGAUACAUCAUUAGUUAAUUCAGGAAAAAUAAGAAAACGAGACAGACUGUAAAAAAACCACAGUGUGCAAUCGAUUACAAUAACGCAAAAAAAGAGUCCCCUCCGAAAGAGUUUAAAAUGGUACAAAAAAAUUGCAGUUAAAUUGAUUUUUAAUUCAGCAAUCGUCAAUGCUUGGGAUAUGUUUAAUCAUCAACAUCCAACUAGCAAGCUCACAAUUUUCCAAUUUAGAGAAAAGCUAGCGAAAUAUUUCUAUCAGUGUGGCAGAGAAGAAUUGCAACAAGAACGGCCAAGAACUCCUAAAAGAUACCAUACCCUUACUGUAGGGGAAACCGAAAACAAAAAGAGGAGAAAAUGUGUAGGAUGCAACAAAUUACUAAGAAGAACAAUGAAUAGUCGCGAAGCUGACAAAAAGGUAAAAAAGCCUACACUCACUCCGAGGAGUGCGCGGGGAAGCCGGCCUACUGCUUAGUUUGUUUUAAUGAAGCCCAUUAGUCGUUUUGGAUUGCAAAAUCAAU